AUGAAAAUUUCAAAAGAAUGGGCAAAUGUUGAAAUAGACAGUUAUGGUGACACUAAACAGAAAAAGCAAACGUCUUUAAGGAAAAAGAUUUUUGACCACAAAGAGAGUGCUGGUCAUAAGGCAGCUGCUGAAAUCCUAAUCGAAAGUAAAGACGGAAAACUGGAGAAAACUAUUUUGAGACAGAACUCUCAUGAAAAAGAAAUAACGGGGAAAAUUUUCCGAACGGCGUACAAGGUUGUUAAAGAAAAUCAGUCUUUUAACAAUUUUGAAACGGAAGUUGAUUUGCAAGAAUUAAAUGGGAUUAACAUGGGUCGCAUUUUACACUCAGACAAAGCCUGUGCUAAAAUUGCUUUGCAUAUCAGUAAGGAAAUGAAGAAAACCUUUGUAGAUGAAAUCAUUAAGAAUGAUACAAAACUUGGUUUGAUAAUUGAUGAAUCCACGUCCUUAAGUAAUAAGUCAAGUUUAAUAGUAUACGUUCGGUGUUCUUUGCCUAAAACCGGUAUGAGUGGCUCCACUAACGUCUUUUUGGAUCUAAUAGAACUAGAUGGCGUUACUGCUAGAGCUGUUUUUGACUCUUUGAUGAACUGUCUUCGGUCUAAUGGACUAUCUGACGUAUUUUUAAGUAAUAAUUUAACAAGCUUAACUUGUGAUGGUGCUGCUACUAUGAUCGGUAAGCACAAAGGCGUUGCAACAUUAUUUCGUGAGAAAUUUCCUUCUGUUAUUGUUUGGCACUGUGCAAACCAUAGACUUGAGCUGUCAGUGUCAGACGUUAUUAAAUCUGUUUCAGAAGUUAAUAGGUUUAAAUCUUUUAUUGACAAACUCUAUGUUGUCUAUCAUGCUUCACCAAAGAACAGCAGGGAACUUCGAAGCUGUGCAACUCUUUUGGAUACAGAAAUGUUAAAAAUUGGAAGAGUCUUGAGCACCCGUUGGGUGGCAUCUAGUUUUAGAUCUGUGUCAGCUGUUUGGACGUCAUAUGAAGCAUUAGUCGAACACUUUAAAGAAGCUUCAAAUGACCCAUCUAGAGACAGCAAAGAUAAAAGUACUUUUUCCGGACUUCUUAACAAAAUCCCAGAAACUAAUUUCAUUCUAGACCUGGGAUUGAUGGCAGAUGCUUUGCAAGAACUUUCAGAACUAAGUGAAGCUUUACAACAUCGUAAUGCAGAUUUGAACUAUGCGAACAGAAAAUUGCUAAUCACAGUUGGUUUAUUUGAAGAAAGAAAAACAGUUCCAGGGUCCUACUCAACAAUGGCUCAAGAAGAAGUAAACAACGUGUCUUUUUUCGGAGUUCCUCUCCACACAAAAGAAGGGAGAUCAGACAAUCAGCCGUUGAACCCCAAAAUAUUUUACGAGGCCCUUAAAACUUCUAUUGAAACGAGACUACUUGAUGACAAAGAUGUUGAGUUAGCUACAACUCUUGAAGUUAUGGAUACCAAAACCUGGCCGACGAAACUCCCAGUAACUUUUGGGGAAAAUGAAAUGAGGAAACUUGCUUCCAGGUUCAAACUUAACGAAAGACAGUUAAUUACAGGUUUACGCGAAUAUAUCUACUCCAGAGAGUUACCAGAAAGCCUCAAUCCUGUAAAACAAUCAAUUGACUCGGUUGCCAUUUCAUCAAGUGAAUGUGAAAGAGGAUUCUCUCAGAUGAACUUAAUAAUUACACCGCUGCGAUCUUCACUCAACAUAAGAACGGUUUCUGGCCUGAUGUUUUUGAAAAUUAAUGGACCUCCUCUUAGACUGUUUGAUCCAGAGAAGUAUGUUAACUCUUGGCUGGUUUCUGGACACCACUCGGCGCUAGCUGUCAAGAGUAAGGAAAGAUCAAGAGAAGGCAAAUACGAAGAAAACAUGAUGAAGUUUUGGAGUAUAUUUUAA